GUGUAAACUUUCUCCGCGAGCUCAGUCAGUCGGUGCGCGCGGCGGACCGUCGGUCUUCCUCCCUGCGUCGGUCGCUCCUCCGUUAAUCAUGUCCGGUUAGCGGUCGUAAUACGGUAGUUUGGAAUAAGCGUGGGAGCGGCAUUAAUCACCGGAGACAUGGAGCCAGUGAGUAAGUGGAGCCCGCAACAAGUGGUGGACUGGAUGAGAGGUCUGGACGACAGCCUGCAGCAGUACAUCCCGUCCUUCCAGCGGCAGCAGGUGGAUGGGGAGAAGCUGCUCCGGAUGUCCCACCAGGAGCUGCUGUCUCUGGGUCUGUCGCGGGUCGGACACCAGGAGCUGGUGCUGGAGGCGGUGGAUCUGCUCUGCGCGCUGAACUUUGGUGUGGAGAAGGACAACCUGAAGACGCUGGUGGGGAGGAUGAGAGCGGCGCACCACAGCCUGAGCGGCUCGGUGUCGCAGCGCAGGAAGAACCCCGCCUACCACAACAAAAUCUCCCACCAGCCCUCCAACGAGUUCCUGACCGCCGUGGUCGAGCUGAUCGGAGCCGCCAAGAGUCUGCUGGCCUGGCUCGACGGGGCCCCAACGAGCGCCAACGACUUCACCUCCACCAAGAGCAGAAUCAUCCAGCUGUGCCUGGAGCUCACCUCCACCGUCCAGAAGGACUGCACCGUUUAUGAGAUCGAGGAGAAGAUUCUGGAAGUGUCCCGAGCUCUGACCGGCGUCUGUGAGAAGACGGUCCAGGUGACCUCUGACCCCUCAAAGAGUGAGCUGUCCUGUCUGGAGGAGGUGCACAUCACCAACAUCAAGCCUGGGGAGGGACUGGGUAUUUACAUCAAGUCCACCUACGACGGGCUUCACGUCAUCACAGGCACGACAGAGAACUCUCCUGCAGAUCAAACCCAGAGGAUCCAUGCAGGGGAUGAGGUGGUUCAGGUCAACCAGCAGACUGUGGUGGGCUGGCAGCUGAGGAGCCUGGUGGAGAAGCUGAGGGCGGAGUCCGGAGGCGUCUACCUGGUGGUGAAGAAGAGGCCGGCUGGAACGUCCGGGUGCUUCGCGCCGGCCCCGCUGAAAAACCUGCGCUGGAGGCCGCCGCUCAUACAGACCUCUCAGGGAGUUCCGGGUCUCUACAGAACUCGACAGCCCGAAACCUCCGACGCUCCGGGGAGGAGAGGGAAGACGGCCAUUUUGGAUUUGUACGUCCCUCCUCCCCCCACAGCACCGUACGCACCGCUGGACGGCAGCAUCAACGUGUCUCCGGGUUUGAAGCGGAGGCCCAACUCUCCCAACUCGUGUCUGGACGCUGACGUGCGGCGGCGCUUCACUUUCGGCGCUGACGGCAGGACGCCGGUCAGCCCCCCCCCACCUGAACCCAACCAACCAAUCCCCGUGUGCCUGAGGCAGCGCUCGUCUACACGCUGUAAACCUCGACCUGUCUCCAUGCCGGUGGAGUCGUUCUCCGUUGACCCGUCCUCCAGGCCCGGCGCUCGGGGAAGGAAAGACGUGCUGCACAGAUAUCUGAGCAACGAGGGGAUCAGCACCAUCACCGAGGAGGAGCCGUGCUUCCCGCUGCCCUACCGGGGACACCCGUCCGUCCGCGGCGUCGACCACAUCCGGGGCAGCCAGUGCUUCAUCAACGCCAACCUGCACAACAGCGCCACCAUCCCUUACCAGGAAGCAGUGGCACCCAAGAAGUCCGCCGGCCCGGCCUCCUCCUCCUCCUCCACCGCCUCAGCCGCCGUUUCUCCUCCGAUGGCCGUGACCAAGCCGCCGACCUCGCUGCUCGGCGGCUGGCUGGCUCGCCUCAGGCUGCUCAGCCACUGUGGGGAAUAUUUCCCUCCAUCAAGUUUAGUUUUCUGCACAUCAAAAAGGAUGUUUGUGUGCAGAGUUUCUGAGAAACAGAAGGGUCGCAGACCAUCCAGAAGAGGAAGGACGACACACACGCACACGCGCACACAGAGUCUCACAAGCAGCUUCCUCUUGCUGAGGUCAGUUGCCUUCAGAGACUCGUCUCCGCCGGACGCUGCAGAAGUGGGAUCCGCCAUGAGCCGCCGGGGGGUCUCGGUCAGGGACCUGGGCCCGCUGGACUGCCAGGGCUGGCUCCUCCGCAGGAAGCAGGGCCGCCGCUUCCUGGGCAGCAGGUGGGUGAGGUACUGGUUCGUCCUGAAGGAGAGUUCCCUGUACUGGUACACCAGCAUGACGGCGCCGAAAGCAGAAGGAUUCAUCCUCCUCUCCGGCUUCACCGUCGAACAGGCCAAACCGUGCAGGAAGAAACAUGUCAUAACAGCCAGCCAUCCUCUCAUUGUGACUAUCUUCAUCGCCGCUGAGACCUUCAUCGACAUGAAUAAGUGGCUCAGUAAACUGUCGGAGGCGGCUGGCCCGCGUGGAGAGAUCAACGCUGAAGGGUGCUACAGCGAGGGCAGCGACCAGGACGCCGACGAGCCGUCCGUCACUUCCUCUCCUCCGACCUCUGAGUGCCAAGAAGGCGACUCUGAGGAUGGAGUCUCCACGGCGAGCGGUGACCGCAGAAGAAGAAGCACCUCGGAGGGCGGAGGUCUAGGUGGCAGCAGAAGAAGAGACGAGGCCCCGCCCCUGCUGGACCUCCCGGAGCCCGAUGGGGCCGUCGGGGGAGCGCCCCCCCCUCUGCUGCACGUCAGCCAGGAGGCGCAGGAGGAGGUCGACCACGGUGAACACCUGGUUACCCGCAACGCAACCGAGAAGCCGCCCGACGAGAUGGAGAACCUCUACAACCACCUGAGGGCCGCCAGCCUGUCUCCCAUUGGUCAGUCCAGUGGGCGGGACUUCAGGGCCUCCUUCGUCCGACGCUGUCAGGAUGACAGAGUCAACGAGCAGCUCCACCUGCUGCGGAUCCUCAGCAGCACGCUGAAGGCCAAAGAGUUGGAGCUGCUGGAGGUAGAGCAGGUGGAGCGGAUCCUCGCCAAGCCAACGCUUGCGGCGCCUGAGUACAGGAAGUGGAGACGCUCCAACGGCGCUCUGCUGCAAGAGAUUGCUCAGCGGGUGGCGGCUGCUGAGCAGACUUGAAGGUGAAGGUCGUCUCCAAGUUCCUCACACGUUUCUCCACCAGAGUCCAACGAGUGGCCUUUUCCCCCGUUUCAUGGAUAGAGCUGUUUUUCAAAAUAAACUUCUGUCUUCACAGGAAAUAAGUGAGUUAAACAAAAGUAUGAGACCCAUUCAAACAGUGACCUCAUGGUGGUGCUAGAUGAGUCAUUACACUUCUUCAUCUGAUGGCAAUCGGCCCACUGGGCCAGUUUCCCUAACGAACUCGAAAGAAACUCAGUGGAGACUCAAUGGAGACGAAACCUUUCAACUCGGUUUCUUCUUUCAAAUCGCUUUAAAAAAAUAUAUCUUCAAUAAUUUUGAAUUCACUUGUUUUUUAAUGUUUUAUUGAUUUAUAACUGAUUUGUCU